AUAAUGUCGCCAAUAAUCUUCCUUAUUUUGGCUUUUGCCGGCAUAAACUGUGAACCAGAAACGGUGAGAGAUAACUUCGAUUAUUUUAAUUAUGGCACAAACGAAGAUAAUUUAUUAAAGAAUGUGGAUUUACAGCCGCCAAAGGACGAAAUUGUACUGAGGCCCCAAGAAGUAAAAGAUUGGCCUCAACAAUCGCUCAAUGUGGGACAAAUAACUGCUGUGUCCAUCAACUCACUAGGACAGCCCGUCAUAUUUCAUAGAGCCGAACGGGUGUGGGACGAAAGUACCUUUAAUGAAUCGAACGUAUACCAAAAUUUAGAUAAAGGCCCUAUUAUCGAGGAUACUAUCUUAAUUUUGGACCCUCAUUCUGGGUCUGUGCUGCACAGUUGGGGAGCUUAUGCAUUCUAUAUGCCUCAUGGCCUAACAGUAGACCAUCACGACAAUGUGUGGGUGACAGAUGUUGCUAAACAUCAGGUGUUUAAGUACACACCAAGUAAUCACAAAUAUCCAACCUUAACUAUCGGAGAAGCUUUCACUGCAGGUUACCCUUACAGACGAAGGAUACUCUUGUGCAUGCCAACCUCUGUAGCCGUGGCAACAACCGGAGAAAUAUUUGUAGCUGAUGGCUAUUGUAAUAAUCAAAUUUUAAAAUUCAACGCUGCUGGCAUUUUAUUACUUACAAUACCUACGUAUUCGGAUACUUUGACACUGAACCUUCCACACAGUGUGACAUUGUUGGAGCACUUGGAUAUUGUUUGCGUUGCUGAUAGAGAGAACAUGAGAAUUGUGUGCCCAAAGGCAGGGUUGAAGAGUUAUGUGAAAAUGUUUGAGCCGGCAACAGUUAUAGAAGAUCCUACUUUAGGACGAGUGUUUGCUGUGGCAUCACAAGGGGAUAUGAUAUACGCUGUGAAUGGUCCUACGUCUCAGAAUAUUGCUGUCAGAGGUUUCACAGUAAAUGCUGUUUAUGGCACCAUUUUGGAUACAUGGGAACCCAGUACUGGUUUCACAAAUCCACAUUCACUAGCAGUGACGAGAAAUGGAUCGCAUCUCUAUGUGACAGAAAUUGGACCUAACAAGAUUUGGAAAUUCGAAUUAACUGAUGUCUAUGAUAAAAAGUAAAUAUAUAACGUAUAAUUUUAUCAAUCCAUGUAGUGAUACAUAGAAGUGGAUAAUAUGAAGUAAUUAGUGUUCGCGAAUAUAAUUCGUUAAAAAGAAAUAGGCAAGAUAAAAUUUUAAAAGAUGACAAAGAAACGUUAUUAUAUAUUACAAAUAAGAAGUCAGACUAUUACUCUUCUAUAUAUAGCUAGCACUUAACCAGCAAUAGAAUAUACAUAUUUGCACACUAUUUAAGAUAGCAUAAUAAACGUAAAACAAUUAUAUAGUUCACAGUAUUACUUCGUCAUUAUCACAAAAUGUUAUAAUCACAUCAAAAUAGCAGUUAAAGAAAAUUAGAAUGUAUUUAGCACCUAAUAUUAGAGUGUGUACACACUUAUGACAUUUAAACGCAUGACACUAUUCAUUGGUGACACUAUCAUUAUCAUCAAAGAGCGGAUACUUAGCUAGGUCUUAUAUGGAGAGCAGAAGCAAUUUGAGUGUUGGUCGAGUUUAAAGUUUGAAGAGAUAAAAGUGCUGUUUUUCGCUUUGUUUUUACCCCUUUAGUUUGUCAAUCAAAUCGAGACAUAUUUAAAGAAAUUAUCAAUUAAGCAAAACAGGUUGUUGCAAAAUGGGUAUCAGAUAAUAAAAAUAAGAAGGAAAGUGUCUAUUUCACUAUAAGACUACUGAACUCGUUUAGCCAAGACUGCUCUAAUGCACACCUAGCCUAAUAACUCCAAUCUCAUGGUGUCCUGUGUGUUAAUGUCACUAAUGUGAACUACAUUAAGAAAAAUAAACUCAUAAGAAAUAGGUGCCCAUAUGAAUAAAAUCCGUUAUCAUUAAUAAAUAGAAAAGGCGACUUUAACAAUGCAAAAGUAUUCGCGAUUUACUGGGUUCCGUUAAAUUCCAUCCUCAUGCUGUAUGAAAAUUUCUAAUAAGAUUUCUAAGAGUAAUAUUUAUGUUUUACCUAUGGAGGAUAAUUCACAUUGUGAUAAAUUAAGAAAUUUAAGGCCUCCAUGUCGAUCAAGCAUAUAAAUCUUUACCCGACCGAUUUCCAAAUUACGAUGGAUGUGUCAUCUAAUAUUCUUUAUGUUAGCUAAAUGAAAUAUUUACUUGGCACUCAUAUGAACACUGAAAUAAAUAAAAACUAAUUCAAUUUUCCCAGUAUAUAGAGCCACGUCUGUAACGUUAUACAUUCAUAUUUUCUUUGGGCUAACUAGGCAUAUGCCUAAGGGCUUCAUGUUAUGUUUGGUUAGAAAAUUCAUUAAUUCGGUAUAUGAUAUAUGUACCCAUUCAAACUAUCUAGUAGUUGCGGAAAAAGCAGGUAGGAACUCCUAUAAGUCUUCCUUUAUGCCUUUUUGGUACGGAACUCUAAAAACAACUAUAUUGACAACACAUUUAUAGAACCUAGUGACCAGCAUAUAAAAAAGUUAAAUAAGAAAUACAUUUUUCGUUGUACGACCACAAAAGGAACAUACACAUUUUGCCUAGGGCGCUGCACCAUUGGCCUUUAACACGCCACAUAUACUACAUUAUAAGUGUAGCAUACGAAAAUUUAAAUUCAUCAUCGGCUAAAUAAAUUUUGAAAUUAUAUGAUACAUUAAAUGUAUUACUAUGGGAAAUGAUAUUGGAACAUACGGUCCAAUAUAAUCACGCACAUAU